AUGCCCUCUCUUCCUCACUCAUUGCAACAAAUCUUUGAUGAAUGUCAAUUGGCCCUUGAAAAUAUUGUUGAAAAGUCCAUAAACAUGAACUGGUAUGAGAAACAGAAGGCAGUCGUCGACGGGUUGUACCAACGUCUCCUCCAAUUCCCCCCUUAUAACCUGUACAUCGAUUUUAACGAGCACUGGCUUAUCGAACAGUUGAAAGAAUUCUGUUCUUUAUACCGAUGGCAUAUCCCUGGUCGCAUGUCAAAGGAUUCGUCAGAAAUGGACUACAUCAAUCUAUUCUGGAGUCGACUUGACCGGUGUUUCGAUGAUUUAUACAUGGAUACAAGACGGUAA